AUGACGCCUCGCCCAUCAAGAGCAUCUCCGUUAUCUGCAAAUAGCCGCCACCAGUCCUCACAACAGCCAAAUCAGCAAAACAAACCAGACGAGCAACCUCAGCAAACACCAGAAGAACCGUCAAAAAAUGCUCUUGUAGCCACAGCUCUCGCCGAGAAUCAGUCCUCGGAUCUCGUCGCACCUGUGACCAUUCCAGACGACCCAAAUGGUGUACUCACAGCAAGUCAUCCAGCCUGGCAUCUGCUCAACAACAGCUCGCUGGUCAUUCAGCGACAGAUCGAAAUGAUGAAUGUCUUCCUUGGAUUCGAGCAAGCCAACAGAUACGUCAUCAUGAAUGGUCGAGGAGAAACAAUCGGAUACAUGGCUGAGCAGGACCACGGAAUGGGAAGCAUGCUAGUACGACAGAUGGCAAAGACCCACCGUAGUUUUACCUGCCACAUUUUCGACAACAGCGAGAGGGAAAUUUUGCGUAUUCAUCGACCUUUCUCAUGGAUCUCGUCACGCAUUCGUAUUUAUGACCCAACUACUCCAGGCGAAUAUACCCAGUCAGAUUCCUUACAAGGCACUUCUGUCCAAUCAACCAUCAACCAAACCUCCGCAGCGCAGAUCUCACCACUUCCUCUCAAUGACAUGCGCAUCAUCGGCGAAGCACAACAACAAUGGGCUCCCCUCCGCCGCAAAUACAACCUCUUCAACUACCGCUCCAUCGCUGCCCCGUCCGACUCAACACCAAAACUCACCUCCGGGGACUCUCCCAACACUUCUUCCAAAGCCCUCACAGUCACAGAAAACACCUCCGAACAAGCCAUCGAAGCCGGCAUGCAACAAUUCGCCUACGUCAACGAACCCUUCCUCUCCUGGGACUUCUCCCUCAAAGACGCAGACGACAAGAAGAUCGGCAGUGUAAACCGUAACUUUGGCGGUUUUGCAAGAGAAAUUUUUACGGAUACUGGUGUUUAUGCUUUGAGAAUGGAUUCUGUGGCUUUGGAGGACGGGAGUCAGGAGCAGAUGGCUAUGACGUUGGAUCAGAGGGCUGUUAUGCUUGCUACGGCUGUUAGUAUUGAUUUCGACUAUUUCUCGAGGCAUAGCGGUCAUGUGGGUGGUGGUGGCUUCUUCCCGCUUUGGUUCCCUGGCAUGGGUGGCGCAGCAGAGGGUGGUGCAGCCGGGGGUGCAGCCGGCGAAGUCGGUGCUGCAGAAGGUGCUGCAGGAGCUAUGGGUGGUGUCGCGAGAGGUGCUGGUACAGAGGCCAUGGGAGCAGGAGCCGUUGGUGCAGGCACAAUCGCCGGAUCAGAAGCUAUGCAUCGCGGCUGGGGAAACCAACAACCCGACGACGCAAGCCCUCAAGCCCCUGUUGAUCCGUACCAAAACGACGGCAACAUUGGUCAAUCACAAGGAGCUACCUGGGGCGAGCAAAGCCCUUCGGGUGAACAAAAUCCCUGGGCUCAGCAGCCACAGCAACAGGAUGAUCCUUGGGGCAACCAAGGAGGUUCUGACGGUGGUGAUGGAGACGGUUUCGAUUUUGAUGACUUCUUUUAA